AUGCUCUCUUCCAUUCUUUUUCUUCUCCUGGCUCCCUGCAUGGGGGUCCAUUCACUCUCUUACAUCGGUGCUGACUUCUCUUCCUUGGUCAACUUGGAGAACUCGGGGACGUCUUACUCCGACGGAGGUAGCACUAAAGCUUUUGAAACGAUCUUGAGCAGUCACGGUGCCAACAUUGCACGCAUCCGGGUUUGGACUAGUGACAGCGACGACGAGUAUAGCCUAGACUAUGGUCUUGCGCUGGCGAAAAGGGCCGUCAAAGCUGGGAUGGCAUUGAUGAUUGACUUGCAUUAUAGCGAUACGUGGGCUGACCCAUCCAAACAAGGAAUUCCCUCUGCCUGGGAUGAAGAUUUGGACUCCUUGAACACGUCAAUAUACACAUACACCCUUGAUCUCGUCAAUGCAUUCAUUGACCAAGGGACACCUAUUGAUUAUAUUCAGAUCGGCAACGAGAUUAACGGUGGUAUUCUCUGGCCAACUGGAGAGGUAUCAGUCAAUGGCUACGAACCGCUCUCUGAGUUGCUCAACUCGGCAGUCAGCGCAGUUCGGGAAGCGUCGUCAACGACUAAGACCGUGAUUCACCUGGCCAAUGGCUGGGACGAGGACAGUGUCUUGUAUUUCUAUAAGAACAUUUUUUAUCAAGGCGCCCUGGAGCUUGAAGAUGUCGAUGUCAUGGCGUUUUCAUUCUAUCCCUUUUAUGACGAAGGUGCAACCUUGUCGGCUCUGAAGUCGAGUCUGAACACCGUGGUCUCUACAUAUGCGAAGGACAUAAUGGUUGUUGAAACCGACUGGCCUUAUGAGUGCUCUUCGGUCGUCUUGACAGAGAGUAUUUCUGUAUCUGCAUCUGGACAAGAAACUUGGAUGUCUGACAUACAGACAAUCUUAGAGGACUUAUCUGAUGACCAUGGAAUUGGUCUUGUCUAUUGGGAACCUGGUUGGAUUGGCAAUGCCGGUCUUGGUUCAUCUUGCGAAGAUAAUCUCUUGGUGGAUAGUUCAGGGAAAGCUAGAGAUUCCAUGUCGGUCUUUGGUAGCUAG